GCUCCUAUCCAAACAACCCCAGCCUCCCAGCCCAGCUUUCACAUUUUUGCAGCUGCUCCACCUUGCGAAGAGUGUCCCGGUGUCCCCCCCAUGUCAACGCGGCUCACCUCCGCGACGAAGUCGCAGCCGCCGCGCUGCUCCUCCUCCGACAGGAUGGACGCGGCGAUCCAGGAGCUCAGGAGGGGCACCAGGCUGGCGGAUCUGCUCAGGGAGCAGGUGGAGCUCAUCCCGGAGCUUGAACGACGCCACGCAGCGGUGGCCAACGUGGGCGAGAUAUCCACGGCCAUGGAGUUGUCGCUCUCCCUCCUCCAGUCUGAGAUGGAGCAUCCCUCCUCCCCCGAGGUCGGAGCAGUGGCCAAGGCUGCGCCCGCUGCCUACUCCUCCGAUGGAGGCACCGGGGAAAGAAAUGGAGCCGUCGCCCGUACCAGAAGGGUGAGGCACCGGCGAGGAAAGCAUGGAGCUGAGCUCCCAAUCAAGGAGAUACUGACUGAGGCACCAGAAAACGAUCGUUUCCACUGGAGGAAAUAUGGCGAGAAGAACAUCCUCAAUGCAGAACAUCCAAGGUUAUACUACAAAUGUGGUUACAGCGAUGACCACAAGUGCCCGGCAAAGAAAUACGUUCAGCAGCAAAGCAACAGCAGCCCUACUCCAGUUUUCAUGGUCACCCUGAUCAACGAGCAUACGUGCGAGACUUUGUUCCCGGAUGAGGCCAGCUCAAGCAGCAGUAGUGCGGCUUCUCAUGUUCUCGACUUUACAAAGGCGUCGCUUUCUCCUCCGGUGAUGGCCGCUGCCCCAGGGUUGAAAAAGAAAGCGGAAGAAGACAGCAUGUCUGCUGUGUCUAUGCACAGCUACCCGUAUGAUGAGUACUUGUCUUCUUCGUUGCCAACGAUGUCGCCAGAUGGAGAUCAGGUCAAAUUUUCCCCGGGGCCCGGGUGGUAGCAGAGUCAAGCGGCUAGGCGAACCAUAAUAAUCUAGUAUGUAGCGACUCAUGCAUGCACGGCAAGAGUUAGCUUAUUGUUAGCACCAACAAUAAUGCAUAGUAUGCAUAUAUGGUUGCACUAGCUUUCCUGUUGUAACAACGGUUUAUUAGAUGGACAUGUUUUCUCUUUGGACAUAUACUAUAUCUCAUUGCACAUCGCUCCAGACA